UUUGAUCACUUUUCACAACCCCCCAAGGAUUCCAUUCAACUAGUCGAUGGAGUGACCCUAGUCAAGCAAAACGUCACCGAUGAUACCGAGAACGAAACCGUCCCCGGACUGUCCGACGCCCGCGCCCUGGAAGGCCUGAGCAGUACGGACCGUUCCCUCAUCCAGAAGUUGGACCGCUUCCUCAAGACACACACCGUCAAGAUGGAUCUGGCUGAAGCACGAGGCCGCGGUGACAAGAAGAACGGCAGCCGAUACAUCAUCGCUGCUAUGCUCACCGCCAUCGGCAUUGCUGGCCCGAUCGGUUUGAAGACCCUCGGUGCCGUCGCCUUCAAGGCUUUGGUCAUCAGCAAGGUUGCGCUCACUAUCGCCAGUAUUUUGGCGCUGAAGAAGAUCUUCAAGAGCGAUCAUCACGAGGAAACCAGCUUCCAGUUGCACACCGGGCACGAAAACCGUCGUAACACCUACGUGGUCCGCCCGGCCCGAGUUCCCAACGACCCCUACCGGUACUACUACGAGCAGCCUACGUACUAAAACCCGGACGUCAACCGAACUCACCGGACAUUUCAAACACACGCAACCAAAAGCCAAAACGCCCCACCCUCAACAGUCAAACCAAUGAAUUAGGAGAAUUUCAGAAUGGAACCCGUACGGAUAAAAGCAGCAGGAACGUGCAACUUAAUAUAUUUCCGCCAGAAUGGAAAUAACAUUGGAAUCGCAUCAGUUCUGGGACUGCCAGUCAGUCAAAAUCAUGAACAAUUGGCCGCAAACAGGCAAACAAGCAAAUGCAUAGAUAGCGCAGAAUGAACCACGUAUCGAAAGCAAUGAAGCGCGCGAACGAUCAGAGAUAAAGUAAUUACCAGGACGUGCGUACUACCUCUCUUGGUCGGCAACAGUGAUUGUCAUGUAAAUUAUUAUUUAUUUUAUUAACGGAAAGUGUAAUUUAUUUAUUUAUUGAAAAAACAACGAUGUCCCUCCUGUUUUGUCGAUAAGCUUAAAUUAUUGUUGUGCAAUAAAUAAAACCCAAAUUUAUCCCCCAGUGGUGAUUAUGCCUUUCUCGAUUCA